UUCUAAAACUCGCAGCUUUGUUUCUAGGGUUCUUCUGAUAUCGGCGACAUCGUCUUCUUCUGUAUCUGAAGGAAAGCUUGUUUUUUUGAAAUCAACAAGGAAAAAAUGUCAGGUGACGAAGGUGGCGUCGUUGCGGCUGAGCCAGUAGCAGCCCCUGCUGCUGCUGCUGCUGGUAUUCCAGGGGAGCCCAUGGAUAUAAUGACUGCCUUACAGCUUGUGCUAAAAAAAUCUCUUGUUUAUGGUGGUCUGGCACGAGGCCUUCAUGAAGGUGCAAAAGUGAUUGAGAAGCACGCUGCACAACUCUGUGUUCUAGCGGAAGAUUGUGACCAACCUGACUAUGUUAAACUCGUCAAGGCCCUUUGCGCUGAGCACAAUGUUAGCCUGCUGACAGUCCCAAGUGCAAAGACCCUGGGUGAAUGGGCUGGUUUGUGCAAGUAUGAUUCAGAAGGAAAAGCUAGGAAGGUAACUGGUUGCUCCUGUGUGGUUGUCAAGGAUUUUGGGGAGGAGCAUGAAGCCUAUAAUGUUGUUCUGCAGCAUGUGAAAUCUCAAUGAGCUUCAAUAUGCAUAGAUUUUGUGCGUUUUACUUUUCAUUUUGGAGUUAUUUCAUGAGAAUGAAUUUUUCCUUGUAGCUGGAGAUUUUGUCAAGGGAUUUUGAUUUCUUAAAAUGACGAUGUAACGUUCUCGUUUUGCUUAAUUUUAUUAGGUACUUUUGUUUCA